AAGCUUUGAAGAUCUUCUCCUGGACCUUGUCAGGCCCAGAUUGGAGUGUUGGCAGAAAGGAUGUUCAUGUAUCUUCGGAAAUGGUUUGUCACUCGCUUUUUCCAGCAUUCCAGGCGGAAAGCAAGGCUGGUCUCCAAAGAUGGAAGGUGCAACAUAGAGUUUGGCAAUGUGGAGCCACAAUGGAGGUUUAUAUUCUUCAUGGACAUCUGGACAACUGUGCUUGACCUCAAAUGGAGAUACAAGAUGACCAUUUUCAUCACUGCCUUCUUGGGGAGCUGGUUCCUCUUUGGUCUUCUGUGGUAUGCAGUAGCCUACGUUCACAAAGAUCUUCCAGAGUUUCAUCCUUCUGUCAACCACACACCGUGUGUGGACAACAUCAACGGCUUGACUUCAGCUUUUCUGUUUUCUCUGGAAACUCAAGUGACCAUUGGAUAUGGAUUCAGGUGUGUGACAGAACAAUGUGGCACUGCCAUUUUUCUACUUGUCUUCCAGUCUAUCCUUGGAGUCAUCAUCAAUUCUUUCAUGUGUGGUGCCAUUUUAGCCAAGAUCUCCAGACCCAAGAAACGUGCAAAGACUGUUACCUUCAGCAAGAAUGCAGUGAUCAGCAAGCGGGGUGGGAAGCUCUGUCUCCUCAUCCGAGUAGCUAAUCUUAGGAAGAGCCUCCUUAUAAGCAGCCACAUAUAUGGAAAGCUUCUGAAGACCACAGUCACUCCUGAGGGAGAGACCAUUAUUUUGGACCAGAUCAAUAUCAAUUUUGUGGUAGAUGCUGGUAAUGAAAAUUUAUUCUUCAUCUCCCCACUGACAAUUUACCAUGUCAUUGAUCACAACAGCCCUUUUUUCGACAUGGCAGCAGAAACACUUCCCCAGCAGGACUUUGAAUUAGUGAUGUUUUUAGAUGGCACAGUAGAAUCAACUAGUGCUACCUGCCAGGUCCGGACAUCCUAUGUCCCAGAGGAGGUGCUUUGGGGCUACCGUUUUGCUCCCAUAGUGUCCAAGACCAAGGAAGGGAAAUACCGAGUAGAUUUCCAUAACUUUAGCAAGACAGUAGAAGUGGAGACCCCUCACUGUGCCAUGUGCCUCUAUAAUGAGAAAGAUGCUAGAGCCAGGAUGAAGAGAGGCUAUGAUAACCCCAGCUUUAUCUUAUCAGAAGUCAAUGAAACAGAUGACACCAAAAUGUAACUGUGCCUUUUCAACACGAAUAAAGGAAAGUCUCUAAGAUGCCUAGUAAAUUAGAAACCUUAUAAAGCAAUCAACAAUUUGGGUGGAUGAAAGUAGGACAGGAGCCUUCAAAGUCUUUCAGUACGAUGACCCUCUGAACCUCAUAACUGUGAUCUUAUGAGACGCAUUGCUCUCCAAGGCAACUAUAUUGAAACAGACCGUGUAUUUAUAUGAGGAUGGAAUAUGGAAGCCACAGGAGCUCACUUGAAAUCUUGAAUAUGAUUAUAUGAGGUCAUGCAGUGUUGAUGGGAACAGACAAAAUCAUCAAAAGUCUUAUGUACAGGCCAAACAAGACCUUUUAAAAUCUCUUUGAAGAACUUAUGAGCUUUAGAUGGGAGCAGGGGAAAAAAAAGUUUUCAUUUGAUUCUAGUGAUAAGAAAGAAGCUGUUUCCAUUUUAACAUUGACUUUUGUCAGGAGAAACGUCUCCUGAGUUGGGGGAGAUGAACUAACUAAGCAAAGAAAAUAAGAAAAAAAGAAUAAACAAUCUAAGAACAAUUGUGUGGCUCUAACCUU